UGUGGAGGGGGUGUGUGUGGGGUGGGGGAGAUUCCCACGGAGCGGUCUAGAGUGUCUGCCAGGGCCUCACCCCCUCCCACACACCCGCCCACCCCUACUCUCUCCCAACACUAGUUCUUCCUGUCACCUCCACCUCCCUCCAUGACCCAGCUCGGCUUACCCAGGCCCAAAGCCCUUGCUUAUCCUAUCCCAGUCCUUCCCAGAGGCCUGCGUACUGGCGAAGGGUCCUAUAGUCCAGUGGGUCCAUGUAUGUCCCCCUGGCCUAGCACGGCCCAGCUCUGGGACAGCGUCCUAGGGUGGGGGGCACUGGGGCUGACGAUUCGUGCAGUCUCUUCCCCAGCUGGCCCAGCCUUGCUGCUGCUGCUGCUCCUGGUCAGCUUCCUGGCCUUUGACCUGCUCCACUGGCCCACAGGCCGCCCGCAGCCACAGCUCACACUUCUCCCGGGAGGCCAGAUUCAGGGGGCCGGCGAGGGUCCAGGAGAGCAGGCGGCUGUACUCCCACCUCCAGCGACAGUCACAGGACGACUCAGCCCCCAAGAGGCUCUGCUCCUGCUUCUCCUGGGCCUGGGGCUGCUCCUGGGAGUCCGCGGCAUGCCCUGGGCCCUGCUUGGCCUGGCUUUCUGCCUCCAUCCUUGGGCCUGAGCACCCUCCAGAAAUACACUGACCAUGCUGCUUCCCCAGAUCACCUUUCCCUCUGUCCUGGGUUGAGCAGGCAGUAGGGUACCCCUUUAUCUCCAGCCUGAACUGCAGGCGACUUUUGGUAUCUUGGUCUAAGUCUGAGACAGAAAUAGAAGGCGAGCUAAGGGACAGGGAGCCCGGGGCAGGUGGUGGCAGCCACCUCUGAGCUUGUGAGUUGUGGGUGGCCAGUCUGGCCUCUUCUGUGGUUCCAGAGAGUGAGUGAACAAGAGAACAGAGUGGGACUGGAUAUCAGUUAGCAGGGUGGGAACAGGGAUCCAAAGAGGGCUUCCCACAAGAAAGCACAAGCAUCUGCCUCUGCGGGCUCACCAGAGCCCCCUACCAGCCUGCCGGGUCCAUGGAGAGAGAUUCAGGUGAGCCUCCCAUCCUGCAGUGGC